UUUAAGAAACACAUAUUAACUCACACAGGAGAGAAACCUUUCAGGUGCUCAGUCUGUAAAACAUCUUUUGCACAGAGUGGUCAUUUAAAGAGACACAUGUUAACUCACACAGGAGAGAAACCUUUCAGCUGCUCAGUCUGUAAAACAUCUUUUGCACAGAGUGGUCAUUUAAAGAGUCACAUAUUAACUCACACAGGAGAGAAAUCUUUCAGGUGCUCAGUCUGUAAAACGUCUUUUACAGAGAGCAGUCAUUUAAAGAGACACAUGUUAACUCACACAGGAGAGAAACCUUUCAGCUGCUCAGUCUGUAAAACAUCUUUUGCACGGAGUGGUCAUUUAAAGAGUCACAUGUUAACUCACACAGGAGAGAAACCUUUCAGCUGCUCGGUCUGUAAAAGAUCUUUUGCACAGAGCAUUUAUUUAAAGAAACACAUGUUAACUCACACAGGAGAGAAACCUUUCAGCUGCUCAGUCUGUAAAAGAUUUUUUACACUGAGCAGUCAUUUAAAGAGACACAUGUUAACUCACACAGGAGAGAAACCUUUCAGCUGCUCAGUCUGUAAAAGAUGUUUUACACUGAGCAGUCAUUUAAAGAGUCACAUGUUAACUCACACAGGAGAGAAACCUUUCAGCUGCUCAGUCUGUAAAACAUCUUUUGCACAGAGUGGUCAUUUAAAGAGUCACAUGUUAACUCACACAGGAGAGAAACCUUUCAGCUGCUCGGUCUGUAAAAGAUCUUUUGCACAGAGCAUUUAUUUAAAGAAACACAUGUUAACUCACACAGGAGAGAAACCUUUCAGCUGCUCAGUCUGUAAAAGAUCUUUUACAGAGAGAGGAACUUUAAAGAGUCACAUGUUAACUCACACAGGAGAGAAACCUUUCAGCUGCUCAGUCUGUAAAAGAUCUUUUACAGAGAGAGGAACUUUAAAGAGUCACAUGUUAACUCACACAGGAGAGAAACCGUUCACCUGCUCCAUCUGUAAAAGAUCUUUUACAGAGAGAGGAACUUUAAAGAGUCACAUGUUAACUCACACAGGAGAGAAACCUUUCAGCUGCUCAGUCUGUAAAACAUCUUUUGCACACAGGAUAACUUUAAAGAGUCACAUGUUCACUCACACAGGAGAGAAACCUUUCAGCUGCUCAGUCUGUAAAAGAUUUUUUACACUGAGCAGUCAUUUAAAGAGACACAUGUUAACUCACACAGGAGAGAAACCUUUCAGCUGCUCAGUCUGUAAAAUAUGUUUUACACUGAGCAGUCAUUUAAAGAGUCACAUGUUAACUCACACAGGAGAGAAACCUUUCAGCUGCUCAGUCUGUAAAACAUCUUUUGCACGGAGUGGUCAUUUAAAGAGUCACAUGUUAACUCACACAAAAGAGAACUCGUUUUAGUUGUUCUGGUUUUGGUAAAGUUGACAUUUCUCGACUCCCUCACUUGUCAACAAGACCUUGAGAAACUGGACCUCCCUCGUUUUGGGCAGUGACUCACUUCCAACUGGGAGGACUCUAUCCACUAACCACUACGAAGCCAUCUCCACUAAGAGAAUAUUAUCUGGGUAGAGAAGUCACCGUGUUUGUUUUGUUUAGCUUUAUUUGCUCUGUUCUUUGUCAUCGGGUAUUUUAUGAACCACCGAGUGUUCCUGUUGUGCUUGUAGCUGCUGUCAUAGCGAUCCAGUCUGCUGAGCUUUGUUGAGUUGAGAUCCUCCACCAAGAAUAUGUCAGCAGACUGUAUUUCAUCAGUUAUCUCUAUGAAGACAUCAUGUCAACAUGUUCUCCUCUAUGAAGACAUCAUGUCAACAUGUUCUCCUCUAUAAAGACAUCAUGUCAACAUGUUCUCCUCUAUGAAGACAUGUCAACAUGUUCUCCUCUACACAUGAAGACAUCAGCAUCGCCAGUUCAACCCAUCCAGUAGAAUCUAGUCUUUGGCUUUUAUUUUCUACACAUGUGAGACGUUCAAAGUCCAGCUGGCCCUGAACGCAGCACAGCCCAGUAAUGAGAGCCGUUGGCUCCUGCUGAGCUUCACUGUUGAUUUUGAGACAUUAUUAAUGACUUUUUAAGCCCCGUUCUGGAGUCAGUUCUAAGAUCUUUGAACAUUCAACAGAUACUUGAUACUCUUUUUGAUUGUUCUCAUUAAAUCACACAAUAUGUCCCUCA